CUUACCGGCGCUAGUAUCGCUUCAACCGCGGUCGCGAGCGCACGCGUCUGUCGAACGCACGUCUUAUCAGUGUAAUCUUUUAUCAAAACUUUACGUGAAACAUCCACAACUACUCCCCAAAACACAAUAACGCCUAAAUCAUACCCGUGACAGUGAAAACAAGUGUUCAAACCUAGUUUCUAGUGCUCCAACUGGCAAGUGUGUGUGUUUGUAGAAGUUUUCUCGUGGUUUUAGUACUAAAAUCUGUGGUAAAUCGUUGUGCUAACGGAACUUCAGUCGUGUCGGAUUGUUUGUCAUCGGCUCUAUUGGAUUUUUGAGGGUCCCGUGAUGAGGCGCUGAGAGCUCGUGAUGAUGAGGCUCGACGCGGAGAAGCACCGCUACCACAACCUGCUGGGCGACGACCAUGCCAACGAGAUGCUAGAAGGCGAGGGCGCGGGGCUGGCGGCUCGCGUGGCGGAACUCGAGGUGCGCUGUUCUCGGCAGGGCGAGGAGCUGCUGUGUCUGCGCUCCACGCUCGCUGAUGCCCUGAGGCGGCUGCAUGCGUUGGAGGGCAGGGCGCCGCCCGCCCCCGCGCCGCCGGCCAGGAAUGGGCCUUAUACUGGGUCAUCAGGCACGCCGACGCGGGAGCUGCGGCUGCGGCAACCCUCGUACCGGGAGACCGCCAAGAGGACCUCCAGCUACGGAUCCAGCGCCUCUUCACUGCCACAGAGACGCGGCCCCCAGCACCAGUCCACCGGCUCGCUGCAGUCGGACUCGCCCGCCAGCUCCUCGUCGCUGUCGCCCGCGCCCUCGCCCUCCCCCCGCGCCACGCCCGCGCCGCACCCCGCGCCUUCAUACAGGUUAUCUCGCAACAACUCCACGUCCAGCAACCAGAGCGCGUCCCCCGGAGGCAACAAUCUCACCAAGCGAUGGAACUCCACAGGAGACUUCAACGCACAAGGGUUGACUGCUAAUAGCAGAUUUACGACCACAAAAUCGUUGCUAAAUUUAUAUUCAAAUAAGCCGUCCCAAAAUGGAGCUAUUUUGAAACACGGCACGCACACCUGCCAGUACAAUGAAGAGGACGGCAGCAUGCGCAUGUACCUGCGAGGGAGACCCAUAGUGCUGUACUCUCCCUCUGACGCCAUAGACAAUCUAGACCCGGCUAAGGUGGCGCCCCCUCCGCAGAACAAACUCAAGUUGGAGUGGGUGUACGGGUAUAGAGGCAAGGACUGCCGCAGCAACCUCUACCUGCUGCCCACGGGAGAGAUCGUGUACUUCGUGGCCGGCGUGGUGGUCCUGUUCAAUGUGGAGGAGCAGUGCCAGAGACACUACACGGGGCACACGGAUGAUGUGAAAUGUCUGGCUGUGCACCCAAACAAGAUGGUGGUGGCGAGCGGGCAGUGCGCCGGGCAUGGGGAUGCUAGGCCCCACAUCCGCGUAUGGAACUCCGUCUCGCUAUCCACCCUAGCGGUCCUACAGACCCACGGCGGCGCGGUCUGCCUGUCGUUCUCAGCGGACGGGGCUCGACUGGCGGCAGUUGACGACUCGGCCGAGCGGGCCCUCGCCGUGUGGGACUGGCAGCGCGAGCGCGGCGUGUGUGUGGCUGAGACUAAGUGCUCAGUCGACACAGUGGUCUCAGUAGAGUUCCACCCUCUGGACCGCAACCAGAUAGUGACGUGCGGCAAGAACCACAUCGCGUUCUGGACUCUGGACCAGAGCAACGUGCUGUACAAGCGAAUGGGAGUCUUCGAGACCAGGGACAAACCCAAAUACGUGACUUGUCUGGCUUUUAACCAUAAUGGCGACGUCCUAUCCGGCGACUCGAGCGGCAACGUGAUAGUGUGGGGGCGCGGCACCAACACCAUCUUGAAGCUCGUGAAGGGCGUGCACGACGGACCGCUGUUCUGUCUGCUCACACUCAAGGAAGGACAAGUGGUGACGGGCGGCGGCAAGGACGGCCGCGUCGUUAUGUUUGAUGAGGACCUGUCUGCGCCCAUCAGUGAGACCACGAUCGAGGGCCACUACGGCGGCAUCCGCGCCAUAGCCGAAGGCCGCGGCUCGCAGCUCUACAUCGGGACCACCAAGAACUGCAUACUGCAGGGGGACAUGCAACUGGGAUUCUCACCGGCUGUAUUAGGCCACGUGGACGAGCUCUGGGGCCUGGCCACACACCCCUGCCUGCCCCAGUUCGUGACGGCGGGCUGGGACCGACUACUGCAGCUGUGGGACUCCAUGGCGCACUCCACUGUGUGGUCUAAGGACAUUGAGGAGCGCGCCCAAUGCUGCGCGUGGUCCAACUCUGGGUCGGUGAUAGUCGUUGGGGCUCUCACUGGACGCUGGCUCGUGUUCGACCCACACUCCAGAGAAUUACUAGCUGAUCAUCAGGACGGAUCAGAACCGAUCCAGACGAUCCAGUUCUCUCCAGACGACAAAUACGUGGCGCUCGGCUCGCGAGACAACUUCAUAUACAUCUACCAAGUCGACGAUGAGUGCAGGAAGUACUCCAGAUUAGGGAAAUGCUUGGGUCAUUCCAGCUACAUCACUCACUUGGAUUGGUCGGAGGAUGGCCAGUACAUCAGAAGCAACUCUGGAGAUUAUGAACUGCUGUACUGGAACGCAACAACAUGCCGCCAAGUGACGUCCCCCUCCAGUAUGCGCGACACAUCAUGGUUCACCCACACCUGCCCGAUCACGUUCCGCACGCUCGGAGUGUGGCCCGAGCACGCCGACGGGACGGAUAUCAACUCUUGUGUGAGGUCUCACGAUAGCAGACUAGUUGCAACAGGGGAUGACUUCGGGAAGGUCAAACUCUUCGGGUACCCCGCUACUCAGCCUAAAUCACUCUGCCACCAGUACGGCGGCCACUCGUCGCACGUGACCUGCGUGCGGUUCUUGCCCGACGACUCCCGCGUCGUCAGCACCGGCGGCCUCGACACCAGUGUCAUGCAGUGGAUCGUCGAGUAGACACGGGUUGAACGGGUGUUUAAA